AUUGUCAUGUUGAUGACUACUUUUCUCUAUUGCGGAGCUGGAGAGCUCGUAACGGAGCAUUGCAAUGCAGUAUAUCGUGCAGUGUGCGAUCUUGAAUGGUACAAAUUGGAAUCAAGAAAGGCAAGAAGUCUCAUUUUGUUAAUGAUACGAGCUGGUUAUCCUUUUCGUAUUACAGCAGGAAAGAUUAUUCCAUUAACAAUGGCUACAUUUUGUAGUAUACUAAAAUCAUCGACUGGCUAUAUAUCAUUUUUAUUGACGAAAUAUGGCUAAAGACUAUAUCAAUAUUAGCAUAAACAUAGAGAGA